AAAAUUUCCAAAACCCUUCUUCAUUUGGAACUGCAAAUUCUAUACAGGUUUCUCUUCCUUUGGUGAGCAAUGCAGCCUCUCUAACAGGAAGUGUCUGCAACUUCUCCAGAGUCUCUGCUCCAGCUGUCAGCUCAGCAUGGAUCUUGCCAACAGUCUCUGGCAUUUCUUUCUAACCACUCAUGGGUAGCAACUACCUUUACCAACAUUCCAGCACGACUAUGCUGGCUGGAGUUGCUGAUGAGAGGCAGAUCUCCACUAGAGCUGCCUCUUAUCCAGGUAGUUUUGAGUGGGAUAUCACAGGAAGCACUGAAAGCAAGUUAUCUUCACUCAGUGACUUCACUAUGACUGUCAUUGACAAGGACACAGCUGGUCCUUCCCUGAUUAUGACAACCCAGUAUGAUGAAACUUCAUACACCAAUGCCAUGACCCCUCUGUAUCCAUCCAUGUCUGUCAGUCUUGUUCAAGGGAUGCCAUUUCAAAUUCCACAUCAGGGACAUAGCCUGUCAUGUCCCUAUCAGGAAGGAGGCCAGAUCUAUUACUACAACCAAGGCACAGUGGGGCCACUACUAUCUAGAACUUGCCCUAGCCUACAAUCCUAUGGCUUUGUGUCAUACCCAGGCUAUAGCACCGCUGCUCCUCAACCAGAAAUGGUGAUGGUGCUAAAGGAAGUUCAGCACACAAAUAUCCUACCAUCAGCCUCCAUCUCUGGAAUCUACCACACUGUGUCUGCUCAGUCCAACACAGUAACACACUUGCAAGAAUUCCCUAAGUCCCAUAGUAGCAAAGAUAUCCAAAUACUUGAUAGCAGUCCAUCACCUGAGCUUGGGAACAUUUCAGUGACAGCUCCUGUCCAGAGUGCUACUAAUCACUUGACACUGCCUACAGUUCCAAGCCAGGAACAUUCAGAUAAUCACAAUUUGGGUGAGAUCAAAAUCAAGCUUUCUAAGCCUCUGGAUGUCUACCAGUUCCCAAUAGAAAACCAAGAUCCCACACUACUCCCUUUAGAAAUUCCUGACAUUCACCAGUUUCUGGCCUGCAUUGAUCCUCUUAGCCCUGAGGAACAACUUGGUGCCAAUCUAGGAGAAAACAGCCUGAGUCUUGAGGACCAAGGCACAAGACUGGACUAUGGGAUCGAGUCUAGCAGCAGUCUUGCAGACAUCACCACACUGGCAGAGGAAAGUCACCUUCCACAGCUCUUUGAUUCCUUAAAAGAUCUUGACCAACCCAAAGGUCACACAGGAAUCAAAGAUGAAGAUAUCAGAGCUAUCAAGGUGAUUCAAGUGCAGGAUAAGUCAAGUGUCAUAAAGGGUCACUCUGAUCAACUCAGGAAGAACAAACCUAAAACUUCCAAACCCGACCAAGGACCACCAGAGGCCAAAAUCCAGCCAAAGAACCCAGAGUGCCUGAGAGAGGAAGAAGUGGUUUUCUGUAGUGCUAAAGUCAAUGACAGGCCUCCUGCAGAUGUGGCCAAGCAUUUUGACAACAGACCUCAGAGAGAUGCAUCCAGCAAAAUUAGCAAAACUAAGGGCCAUGGACACAAAAACGCCAAAAGAACCGGAGAAAACAAGACCAAGAAAUCUGAAGAGAGUAAGCAGUAGGGGAACACAGUCAAGGCAUAAGUGUCAACCACUCCCAAGAUGAAGCAGAAGAAUCAUCUACCAGUGUUUAGUACAGAGACCUUCAAAAAGCCUCAAACUGGCCUAGGCAUGCAUAUGUUGAAGUCGGUGCAGGUGUUCCAUCCACUGUGGAAGAGUGAGAAGAAAACGAGCUCUGCCUUCUAGACCCAGGGAAACUCAAGCAACAACAAAGACCCCAAACCAUCCCUAGCUCUCAAACCAUGGCUGGAUACCUCACGUGAGGGUAAAGGUCCUGAGAAAAUACAAAUCAAAGCCCAGAAAUCCAAUGGCAGUGCUGCCAAAGAGUGUCCAUCUCCAUCUGAGUAUGACCUUCCACCACCUGGAAAGGUCAAGUUGGUACCUUUGCCCUUUCUAAUCCUAAGACCAGCUCGACCUGCUGCUCCUCCAUGGCCACAGUCUCUGGCUGCACAUAAGCCUGCUGUGCCUUACUCUGGCAGGCCUGGUUCUACUAACUCAACUGAAUCAACUGCAGUCAAUCUGUCCCAAUCAGCUCCUACCAACAUGACUUUGAUGAGUCCUGCCAGACCAGCUCAGCCAAUUUUCACCAAGGCAACCCGACUCACCUUGAUAACUUCGGCCCAGUCUCCUAUUCCUAACUCUGCUACACUUAGGACUGCACCCUACAAAACAUCAUCAUGCACUUCUCUGCAAUAUAAGCCUGUUUUCACUGAAGAGACCCUGCUCCAGUAACCACUAAAGGUUCAAAAUGAAUAUCUACUCCAAGACUUCAGCCAUUAACCAAUUCCAUGGAGGAAACCCAAUGUUCCUGAACCAGUAAUGUCAACACCUAUCACAGAAGAGCAGAGGUCAAAACGUGAGACCAUGAAGAGAAAGGCUCAACAAGAUCGUGAAAAUGCCGCCAAAUAUACUACUCUGGGGAAAGUGCAGGGUUUUGUCGAGAGGGAAAGAGAUAUGGAAAUUGCUCAAUACUAUGGCUACACAAUGUAA